AUGUUCUUUGGCGCUGAAGAAUUUAGUCAGCCUCUUGAUAAAUGGAACGUGUCUCGCGUGAAAUUUUUCGCAGAACUCUUCCGCGACGCAACGUCAUUUAAUCUUAAGGCUCAAAAUAAUUCAUUUCCAGGCGCCCUCUUUCUUUGUUUCAUCCUUCUUGGAAUUCUGAAAAAUAGGCUGAAGAAAUGAACUGUUUUGAGCUCUAACAAUCAGUCGCUAAAGUCGUGGGACGUUUUUUCAGCCCGUGACAUGCGUUACAUGUUCGCCGGCGCUAAUAGCUUCGACCCCUCCUCCAUUCUACAGUGGGAGCUGGGCAAGAUAGAAGUCAAAAAACUGGAAUCGAUCUUCACGGACGAGGCAAAACUGAUCCAAACGCUAUCUGCCUGGGGAUUCCAAGACCUGUCGAAACUCCUAGAAAAAAUAACGAGCAAACGCUGAUCGAGUGGGGAAUCAAGAGAGACCCAAAGAACGGAAGAGGAUGAACUUAAACAGCUCCUAGAUGACAAAGGGGAUAAAGAUGAGCAAGAAACUAAAACUAGUAUAGGUCUUCUAGAAGGAAAAGAAAUAGAAGUAGACGAGCAAAGUAGAGUGCCAGGUGGUCUAACGCAGCUGGAAGUCGACGAUCGGCCAAUAGAGGUAGAAGAGCGACGACUCGUCGACGCUAAGUGCGACGCAUUAAUACCUGCCUUAUUUUUUUUUUUUGUGCUCAACACCUAUAAAAGAUAGCGUUAGGCUUCGUGGUAGUUAUAUCUACAAGAGGACAUGUGGCCCACUUCAUGUCCGAGUACAUCAAUCCGGGACAGCUAGGACAUCUCUCUAUAAUCAAUACCCCUGCUCACAUAUCAUGCACUCAAAGGUCGUGAUGUAGAAGUUCUCCGCAAAAGCUUAGCGCUCAGGCUCGACUGAUUUAAGUAGGUGGUUCAAAAAACCCUGAUGAUUGUGAUCAAGUGCGACUUUGAGUUCUUAUUUUUUGAGAUGGGCCUAGUUGUAUCCGUAUCGAAAUGGAUUUUAUAGGACAUCAUAGCUGCAUGUGGAUGUACAACAGGUUGAGCUUGAA